AUGGGAGCUAAAGCUAGUACUGCAAAUGGGGGACAGAGUCCGCGAGCGAGAACAUUUUCGACGAGCUCCGGGUCAGACGUAGUCGCGGGUGGUGCAGGCUUUAGCCUAUUGCGAGCUAUACCUGGUAUACAAGUGUCAAGUGACAGGCAACGAGCUCGAUCGUUGUCGUCAGUGCCGGAUCUACAUACUUCUCAUGAAGCUAUUGCCAUACCUCCUAACUCACAGAGUUAUGAGGCUUCGGCAGCUGCCAGCCCGGACACUGAUACUAGCUCAAACGAGGAGGCUGGACCGGUUCCUGGAACGUCAUUGGCUCUCGGCAGAGUGUAUGCGGCUCACUCCUUACCUUCACAUAUUUGGUCAUUGAAUGGUAAGUAG